CACGGUGGCCACGAGCCUUGCGCUUCAUUUGAAAACGCAAAAAUAUACGAUAUUCGCAAGAAACUUUAGGGAAAACGCUUUUUCUACGACUUAAAUAAGUGCGAUCGGUUUGGAAACCAAGCACGAUAUGGCCACUUGUCAAGUACGUCUAUAAGGGCUUAAUGUAUACCAGAUAUCCUCUCAUUAGCACAACCUGUGAGUUGUUCACUUUGGGAUAAUUUUCGUCACUCUUAAAAAACUUCAGUAUCUUUUACUACAAGUGGAGGAGAUGGUUUGAUAUCUACGUGUGAUUUGCGUGCUGGUCAAACGCCGCAUAUUAAGCGAGUUAAACAUUGCGCAAAGCGUCAAAUUCAAGUGAAAUGUUACAAAUCGUUGCGUUCAACGUUACGAGUGCUAAAGUUCGGUCAUUGUUUAUCAGUUUUCGUGAGUCUCAAGAAUAUUGCGUUCGUAACAACAAAUAGAGCACGUUAACGAAGGCUGCAGGGUCAACGCUUGGAGUGGGGAGGAAAUGUUUGGCAGGGUUAUGGGAAGUUGAAAUGUACGAAAAUAGAUUGUCAAAACUGUGAUACCAUUGGCAUGGUCAGGAAGAACCCUCAGAGAUAUACAAAAGUCGGUGAACUAAAGUGAGGAGAUAUUCUUUGUAUUCACAGAAAUGAUUGGGAAAAUGUUGACAUUAUUUUUGGUGAUUUUGACAACUUUACUGUCCGAAGUGAUGUCUUGCCAGCCCUGUCAAAACACGGUCUGUGACACCGAUGUUUCGAAAUGUAAAGAUGGUGUUGUGAAAGAUAAUUGUGGUUGUUGUAAAGUGUGUGCAAGAGGAGAGGGUGAAACCUGUGGAGGGUUGUUUUACAAUCACGGUAAAUGCGGGGAAGGUCUCCACUGCGUCAGACGAAGACCUAACUCCGUCAAAAUCCUGGGGGAAAAUGAUAUUGUCUCUGGCGUGUGUGAAAGAGAGGAGUGCAAAAACAAAGUAUGCGGCUUUAAUCAACGUUGUCGUGUGAAUCAUCGCGGUAAAGCUCGUUGUGUGUGUCCGAAAUAUUGUAAGAACAGAUAUAUGCCUGUUUGUGGCGAGAAAAACGGAAGACAUUAUUGGAACAGAUGUUAUUUAAGGAAGGACGAGUGUAAGAGCCAGCAGAGGAUUGGUUACAUCGAAGGAGCAUGCAAAAGUUGUGAAGAUAAUGGAAAAUCCUACAGAUUUGGCGAAACCAUCACACGGAAGGAUGAAUGUGAAAAAUGCGUGUGCAAACAUGGUAAAUGGGAAUGCGAGGUCGAUCCAGAAUGUCAAAUCAAAAUAGGUGGUGUUCCAGAAUUCUGUGAUGUUCAUCAGAACAAUUGCCCAGAAGGUUUUUAUUGUCAAGGAGGAAAAUAUGAGCCUCCGAUCUCAGUUGUGGAUAUUGGAAUUGGAUUCUGUAUCCCACUGGAUGAAGAACGACCUACAGAAGAUGCAGAAGAAUCUUCAGGAGAUGACGGUUGCCCGAAACUGAAUUGUGAACACUGUCGCCAUGGUUACGUUACGACCUUACAGGGAUGUGCAACAUGCGAGUGUAUAAAAGGUACAAAUUUCAAGUCAGUGAAGAACGUGUGCGACCAGCCUAAAGAUCCUGGACCGUGUAUGGCAAAUCAGAAACGCUUCUACUACAAUAAGAAGAAAGGAAGAUGCUUAAGAUUUACAUUUGGUGGAUGUCUCUCAAACGGGAACAAUUUUGCCACAAAAAAGAAAUGCGAGAAAAAGUGCAUGAAGUAAACGACAAAGCAAUAAUGCAUACACAUAUUUAUCCAGCUUUGUUCAGACAGAAGACCACCUAGGAGGACUGGGAACUGGAAGCUUAUCAUCACCCAAACGACUUGACCGUACAUUGUCGGUAUUUUCCGUCAGGUGUCGUAAAAGGGUCGGCAAAAUAAGGAUAUUAUUUUACUCUAUGUAGAUAAUGUACUCAAUAUAUAGGGGGAACUAUGGACUGAAAUACAAGGACAUACAUAAACGUAGGCUUUUGUGUGUUGUGAGCGAUUGUCGUUACUGUAAUUAACUCGUGUUUCAUAUACAAAAGCUGCUUUUGGUCGAACAAAUGGAGUGAUACUGGUCUAUUGUAUGUAUAUGAGCUGUUUUGAACUGUACCCCCUAUCAAAGACAAACGUUUUACAGAGUCCACGGUCUGUGAAGAAUUUAGUGUUUUCAUACUUGAUCUCUGUAGAAAUCGCAAAGAAAAUUCUAAAGCAAAAUGACUUCACGAUGAAAUGAUGGGCAAAAUAGCGGCCUCCACUGGCAAGUUUCUUGAUGAGGGGUGCAGGUUGGAAAUAUCAACGCCAAAUUAAGAAUUUAUCUGAAAUCCAUUGUAUGCAUGCGUGGAAAAGAUGCUUUGUUUCACAGAGUUUACUAAACAUAAAAAUGUUACAAUAUAGCGACAUUUCAUCUCCUGAAGAUAGCGAAAUUCAUGUCAUUAUGAUCAGUGCAUGAGAUUAUGACAUGCACAAUGAGGUCUCACUAAAUGUAGAUAAUGUUAUAUGUAGUGAAUAUAUAUGGAAAAAUUGAU